AUGUUCGGCGGCUCCUGGGGACAACAGAACCAGCAGCAGCAGCAACCUCAGCAGCAGCAGUUUGGCUUCGGUGGACAACAGCAGCAGCAGCCUAAUACUGGGUUCGGACAGCCUCAGGCGACCGGCUUUGGGCAGCAAGCCCAGCAGAACACGGGCGGCGGAUUGUUUGGCGGUGGCGGCCAGAGUACUUUUGGAGCACCUGCUCAAAACACUGCCAAUUCCAACUUCACCUUUGGCGGUAACAAUCAGGCGCAACAGACAAAUGCUUUCGGUGGCGCGAGACCUGGAUUCGGUGCGACAGGGGGUUCUACUUUCGGUCAGCCAGCAACGACAGAUACGGGCGGAGGUCUUUUCGGCGGUGCAAAUGCCACACCUGCAUUCGGCGGGGCCAACAAUAGCACCUUCGGCAAGCCCGCCACCUCGACCUUUGGCGGUGACCAAAACACCGGCGGCGGCAUGUUUGGCGCGCCGGCGCAGAACGCUUUCGGCGGAGCUGGAAUGAACAACAACAACAACCAAGAAUGGAACCCAAAUGCGGUCCACGAUUUCGAGCUCGUCGUUGGAAUGGAGCCUCCUUCUACCGGUACCGCUCAGCCGCUGUAUCAGCCCACAUGGCACAAGGAUCCACCUAAUCCCGGCCAGCCUGGGCGCCCACCUCCCCCUCCCACUCCCGCUUCCAACCUACCCCACUUGUACAACUCGAUCACCGCGAUGAGAGCGUACCGCGGGGCCAGCUUCGACGAGCUUCGUUUCAUGGAUUACGAGCAGAACAGGAAGGAGGCGGGCGCGAGUGCUCAGCAGCAGCCUGCUGCGGGUGGGUUCGGGCAGCCAGCGGCGGGUGGAUUCGGUCAGCCGCAGCAGCAGCAACAGGGAGGUUUUGGGCAGCCGCAAGCGAGCACCGGGCUCUUUGGCGCCAAGCCGGCCGGAGGGAUGUUUGGAGCUGCAGCACCUGCUGCGACCGGAUUCGGCGGCGCCUCGACCGGCGGAGGAUUAUUCGGCCAACCAGCCGCCAACACCAAUACCGGUGGUAUCUUUGGUCAAUCACAGCAGAAUGCUCAGCCGGCCGGCGGACUCUUUGGGGCCCCCGCUCAGCCUCAGCAACCCGCUGGCGGUCUCUUCGGUCAACAACCCCAGCAACAGCAGCAGCAACCAGGCGGGCUGUUUAGCAACCCCAACCCUUUCGGCCAGCAGCAACAACAGCAGGCGCAGCCUGCCGCGGGCGGAUUCAGCUUUGGCGGGGCCAACGCGACCAAGCCGGCGUUUGGGGCGGCACCUGCGGCAGGAGGGUUCGGUCAGACCAAUACUGCCUCGACGGGCUUCGGUCAGCCGGCUCAGCCCAGUACGGGAUUCUCGUUUGGAGGCGCUCAGCCUCAACAGCAGCAACAGCAGCCAGCGGCGGGAGGAGGAUUGUUUGGAGGCGGGGGUGGAUUCGGGGCAAAUGCUACUCAGCCGGCUGCGGGCGGUCUCUUUGGCCAGAACAACCAACAGCAACAGCAACCUGCCCAAAGCGGAGGAUUGUUUGGGGCUGCUGCCAAGCCAGCGACGGGCGGUCUUUUCGGAGCUGCUGCUGCCGCGACAGGUUCUACCGGCUUCAGUUUCGGCGGUCAGAACAAUCAGCAACAGCAACAGCCCGCCGCAAAUACCGGCAUGUUCGGCGCACCCGCCGCGGCCAAUACUGGCGGUCUCUUUGGCCAGCAAAACCAGCAGCAGCAGCCCCAAGCACCUGCAGCUGGCGGUGGUCUAUUUGGCGGCGCAUCGACAACGGGCGGUGGUCUCUUUGGUGCCAAGCCCGCGACUACCGGUGGUCUGGGUGGCGGGCUGUUCGGCGCUCAGCCCGCCCAACCCGCUGCGCAGCCAGGAGGUCUUUUCGGCGGAGGUCAAUCGGGUGGACUAUUCGGCGCAGCCAACAACAACACCCUCGGUCAACCCCAGCAGCAAAACAACGGGCUCAACAAGCCUGCUACUGGUGGCCUGUUCGGAGGCGGCGGCGGAGGCAUGUUUGGACAGCCGCAGCAGCAACAGCAGCAGCCUGGCGCGACGGGCGGGAUGUUUGGGCAGCAAUCCACCACCGGCGGUGGAUUGUUCGGGAGCACCAACCAGGCCCCGGCGCAGAACAAUGGGCUCGGCGGCAGUCUCUUCGGCGGCGGACUCGGCGGACUCGGUCAAUCCCAGAACCAGCAGCAGGGGCAACAACAGCCCACGCUUACCGCUUCGAUCGACCAAAACCCUUAUGGCAACAACCCGCUCUUUGCCUACUCUGGUCAAACCCUCGACCUGGGUUCGUCGAGCAAGAAACCGGCACUCCCUCCACUCACAUCAUCGACCUUCCGCCUCACCCCUACGCGCAAGAACCAAGUCAACAAACUGCGCGGAUUCGCCAGUCCCGCUCCUUCCCCUCGGGGCCUCUCGCCCUUGAACGGCCUCACCACGCCUGGACGCUCCGUCAUGGGUACACCGGUCGCUGCGGACCGCUACAAGGGACUUUCAGAUACCGUACUCCCGCCGAACGCGUUUGUGCCCCGGCCGAGCAUCAAGCGGCUGACGGUGACGCCCAAGAGCGGGUCAUACGGGAGCGAAGACCAUCUCGAGUCUGUGUUGGGCAAGUCGGCACUUCGGUCGUCCGGCUCGACGCCCGCUCCCACCGGCCGGGCGGCCGCACCGUCACCCGCGGCUCAAUCGCCCGCAACGCUUCUUUUCAACCCUCCGGCCGCUUCGUCCAGCAACGGUUCUACUGCCCGUCCGGCCGAAACCCCCUCGCAGCGCGACUCCACCUCUCGUAGCGCCGUCGUCGACCGUCAGCCCAAACAAGGCGACUACUGGUGUCGUCCCAAGCUCGAGAAGCUCAAGCAGCUCUCGGACCGGGACCUACGGGACAUGCACAACUUUACGGCCGGUCGGAAAGGACACGGCGAAGUCACCUUCCUCGAGCCCGUAGACCUUACGGAUGUCGACCUCGACACGUUCCUCGGUACCGUCAUUGUCUUUGGCGAAAUGGAACUCAUCGUCUACCCCGACGACAUGGCCGAGACCAAGCCUGAGCGCGGCGAUGGCCUGAAUGUGCCUGCGCAGGUGACGCUCGAGAAUUGCUGGAGCAAGGACAAGGCGACCAAGGCGAAUAUCACGGAUCCCAAUGAUCCGCGAUAUGGUCGAUUCAUCAAGCGUCUCAAGUGCAUUCCGGAUACGGAAUUCAUCAGCUUCUCGGACGGGCUGUGGAGCUUCAAGGUGCAGCAUUUCUCGAGGUACGGGUUGGGGGGCGAGUCGGAUGAUGAGGACGAGGAAGACGAGCCUCGGGCGGCGCAUGGCAAGGAGAGGGAGGCGAGGCGGGAUCGAGAUGGGUCGUCGAGGACUGCAAGUCGGACUCCUUCGACUAACGAGAGCGACGAGGAGCCCCUUCCUACCAAGAGCCGGCAUGAUCGGGGAGAUUCUGGAUCGGAGCAUGAUUCGGGGUUUGAGGAAGGAGAAGGCAGCGAUCGGUCGGAUGAUGAAAGGACUACCCAGAGUGGGAGCGGAAGCAGUGAGGCCUCGGAUGAGCCGGAGCUGGGCACGAUCCAUGAGGACGGAGCAGAGUGGGAGCGGCCUAUCCAGAAAAGGCUGGGAAUGGAGGGGAUGAAGAAGCUCAAGGAGAUGCAGGCUGGCUUCUUUGCGCCGAUGUUGAGUCGGGCGAUGGAGGCUGGCGCUGGCGCUGGUGUGUCCGGAAGGGUUGUGCCGCAGAAGAGAAGGGCGGAGGUGGAGUCGGCGCAGGUGCAGGAUUUUAGGAAUGCCGGGGAGGGUGGACACGCGCUUGAUGAUCGGGCUGUCAAGCGUGCCUCUUUCGGCGAGAAUCUGCGCCCUAAAAAGUUGCGCCAGCCGAGGGUGUACAGUAAAGUACCGCUGGAGCAGAGUGUGGGGAAGGGAAACGAGGGUGUGAGGGUCGAUGCGGGGUUGGCGUGGGGCCGGGCGGGAGGUGCUGUUUGGGGGUUUAGAGGGGAGAUGGUUCAUCUGGGGAAGAUCUGUGGGCCCAAGGCGGACUUCGCGUCCGACUCGAAAGCUACGAUAUCGGUCGAAAAGGUCAAUCUGCUCGCCGAGUCUGAUCAGACCGAGGCUGCUCGAGCCGACCGCCUACUCCGGCUCCACCUCGCUCGGUCGGAAAUCGCCCUCGUCGAUGGCGUACCUACCGCCGCUAUUGAUUCUACCAUCCGUUUCUCCGACUUUGCCAAGCUUUUUGAUGCUGGUGAUCGAUCGCACGAAGCCAACGUCUUCCGGCUUGGUGUCGCCCUCUUUGACGAGAUCGACCUUCGGCUCCCUAUCGACGCAUCGGACGACCUCGCCUCCCGGGCCAUGGAGGUACGGCGCAAGCUUGCCCUUUCCCGGUGGCUCCAGGACGCCGUCGCGCCCGCGGUCGACGCCGAGCUCGUCAAGUCGGAUAGCCAGCCGGCCAAGCUCUUCUCCUUGCUCUCGGGAAACCAGGUCGAGCGGGCCGUCCAAUCUGCCAUCGAGGGAAACGACAUGCGGCUCGCUACCCUGUUCGCGCAGAUCGGGAGCGGUGAUGCUUUCCGCGGGGAAAUGCAGCGACAGCUGGACGACUGGAAAAAGUACAAGGCCAGCCCGCUCAUCUCGCCCGAGUAUCGCCGACUCUACGCCCUUCUCGCUGGCGUCACGGAUGUCCUUCCCGGCGAUACCUCCCGCGGCGUCGAUGGCUGUGCGGACGUCGUCAUCUCCAAAGAUCUCGACUGGAAGCGCGCAUUCGGCGUCCAAAUGUGGUUCGGAAAUCACUUUGAGGAUCCCAUUUCUACCAUCCUCGACUCGUUCUCUAACGCCCUCACCUCGCCCCAUCCCCCCGCUACGCCACUCCCACCAUACCUCGAGAAACCCUCCCCUCUUGAGCGAUCAUGGACCAUGUCAUCCCAACCUACCGAUAUCCUCUUCGGCCUCAUUCGGCUCUACUCGGACCCUGCCCUCUCCCUGGACCAGGUCCUCCGGAGUCGAGACGCCUCGGCGAGCCCGUUCGACAUGCGGAUCAUCUGGCACCUCUACAUCCUGCUCUCGCAGGUCCUGGGCAAGCGGGACUGGGAGGAUCGGGAUACGGUCGAGGGGUACUCGGCCCAGGCGGAUCGGGUGACGGUGGGGUAUGCGGCGCAGCUGGAGGGGCAGGGGGACUGGCUAGGGGCGGCAUUUGUGCUUAUGCACCUUGAGACUAGUGAAGGGCGGGAAAGUGCCCUCCGAGCCCUCCUACACCGACAUCCCGAACCGACACCGACUGAGCGCCAAAAACUCGUCGAGACCCUCCAAAUUCCCAAAGAAUGGCUGCACGAGUCCAAGGCUGCUCUCCUCGCGUCAGCCGGCGACGCUUAUGGGGAGUUCCACGAGUGUCUGAAGGCUGGACUGGGCGAUCGGGCGCAUCGCGUCUUGGUGUCCAAGCUCUUGCCGGAGGUCAUACUGCGGGAUGAUUUAGUGUUGGUCAAGCGAUUGUGCGCGGAAGUAGAGGGGAGGGCAGAAGGGUGGGAGUAUGGCGCAAAGUUAUUCCAGGACUACGCAAAUGUCUGCGAAGAGGUUCCCCGACUCCUCACAUCGGUACUUCGCGAGAGAUCCUCUUCCUCUUCUCCUGACCGACUACGACUCGCCGAGCUCGCACGCACAGUCCCGAGGCUGAUACAGCUCCUACCCGCGGUUUUCCCAGAUCGGGGGAACGUACAGCAGGUCGCAGGUCUGGGGGACAUGUUGUCGAAUCUGCAUCAUUUGGCGGGGAGUCUAUAUGCUGCCGGAUAUAUCGCAAGACCUGCUGUGUCGUCAUCUAUGGUCGAUGUGGACCGGCUACAUUUACUUCAGGCGGCUUCGCUGGAUUCUUUCACCAAGAGUCUGGGCGCGUGUAUGGCGGCGUGA